GUUACUACAGCAGACUACAGCAGAGAUCAGAUUACUCGAGCAUGGCCCGUGCUGCAGAGGGCGGGGGAGGAACCCUCUCCACUGUCUGCCUCAGACUCCAGCGGGACGCUCACAGACUCGGUGCAGUCUGCGCAGUUUGUGCCAGAGCACACAUCUCACUGCUUUCACUUCUAUUAGUCCAAACAAUGUGAGGAACAUGGCUGACAGAAGGUCUGACUGGGUGGAGAUCAUGGAGCCGCGCUCGAGGGAGCGCAUGUAUGUCAACCUGCUGACCGGCGAGUGCGGAUGGGAGCUACCGCCCGGUGUCCCGGUCCGUCAGUCGGACGGCAACCAGUGGUGGGAGCUUUUUGACAGCAAUAACAAUCGGUUCUACUACUACAACUGCACAAGCCAGCAGACGGUCUGGCACAGGCCUAAAGACAGUGACAUAGUGCCUCUAGCGCAGCUCCAAGCCAUGAAGAGGAGCUCCGAGGACGAGUUUAGGGGUCAGGGGAGGGUCCAGAGAGGUCCGGCGGAUGGCAAGCGGACACCUCAACCUGGACUGGGGUCUUCUUCACUGGAGCAGGAGAGUGGGAGGGAGACGCCAUCGUCCAAGGGUAAAGGAGACAGUCUGGAGAAAAGAAACCAGGGAAAUAGGGACUCCGCUCAAAGAUGGCAGCCUGCUCCUGGAUCCAAGGCUGCCAUGUUGGUGAAAGUUAACAGCAUUGGAAGAAACCAGUCUCUUGGUCCAGCUACUGCCCACCAAUUGCUCCACCUCAACCCCGCCAACACUAGCACUUCACCCAAACCAGGUUACACAGCGCAACUUGACAGAACCGGUCUGCUCAGCAAAAUGGCUGUUCCUGGAGACUCCAAGCAGGGUUACCACCUCAAAAAGGGGGAUGCCAACAUCUGUCUGGUUUUGCCUCCUUCUAACUCUUCCUCUUACUCUGCCCACCAGCGCUCUGGUGCAGGUACAUCUCGCCCCUCCUCUCCUCAAUACGGAGCUACACCCUCAGCGCCCAUCUACGAUGUACCUCCACCCAUGGAUCCCCCCAUUUAUGAUGAACCCCCAGUGGAAAUGGAAGUAGAAGGUGCGCACCACUUACACCGGGUUCCCUACUCCACCAGUCACAGCCUGCAGAGAGGAACCCAGCCUCCUAAACUCCUCCAGUUCCCCAAUUCCAAACACAUCUGCAGCUCUUCAGCUAGUGAGUACAGUCCGGCUGGCCGGGAAUGCAUCAAACACAUGGUGAAUGUGGAUGCAGCUGCAUCCAAGCAUCAGCCCCAGACGUCUAACCCUAUCGAGGGGCCUUCAAAUCCAGCCAGUCCUCAAAUCCAGCCCCAGUCUCCAGUCUCUGCCCAGAUUAAGAAGGAAGUGUCUCUGGAGAAGAAGCAAUCAUGGAGGCUGUUGGAGCCCCGCCACAGCCGUCAAAGCAGUCUGGCCUCUCAGGAGUACCCAGGCUCUGCUGCUGUCACUUACCAGGACUCUGGCUACUCCACAGGGCCGUCCCCAAGUCUGAGAAGGAAGAACCGACGUCAUGCAGCUCUGGGCACUGGGUCGGGUCGACCCGGGUCGGUGGGCAGCAGUGGGGAGUUAAAUGCAUUGAAUGAGAAGCUAAUGGCGGAAAUGAGGGCGGUGGUAAACCGUUCCAAUGCACUUCAUGGAAGCAAGGCCAGUCUGGACACUGAGAUGGGCUCAGAGGCCUCUGGAAGUACUGCCCGCUCCCUGAUCAGUUCACUGAAGAUGGGGGCAAGAGGGGGUGAAUCAAGGGAGGAUGUGACAUCAAGUAACCGAUCACUCUAUAGGGGUGGGGGCAUCAACCACGGUGAUGUCGUGUUGUCAGCACUGGUGACAGAUGGUCUUGGAGGCCGGCAAAAAAGGACAUAUGAGAAAGUGGAUUCGCUGGAGAGGAUCAUAACGUCACAGACUAGCUUGUCUUCCCCAGAACCACCAAGGUCACGCUCACAGACAGGAACACUGGAAUCCAACACUCAGCAGGACGUCUCGCCCCAGGACUGUGACCAUGACAGAGCGGGUCGCGGAGCUGCCCACCUCAGCCAUAAAAACAACAACAACAGUCCCCCUCCUUCCGUUGGCGGCGGGGGUUCUGGUUACCAGUACCCAUACACCACCCUCUGCAAACCUACACCUGACGCCAACAUGGAGGACUGGGCCAGCAAGAACCUUAACCAGCACACGCAGGGCCUGUUUCGCCGGCGCGUCUCCAUUGCUAAUAUGCUCUCGUGGAACCGUGGCUCCAUUAAGAAACCCAUGCUGGUCACCAGCGACCGGUCUGUCAAAAAGGAAGCCUGCGAGAUGUUCAAGCUGGUCCAAGCCUACAUGGGCGACAGGCCGGCCAGGUUGGACAAACGCCACGCGGCCCUUCAGGUGGUCACGAAGUGCUGGGGGAUGCAAGGCUUGAGGGACGAACUGUACGUGCAGUUGGUGCGACAAACCACCGGAAACUUGAGUUUGAGGAGUUUGGAGGCGGGCUGGGAGAUGAUGGCCAUCAGCCUAGCGUUCUUCUCACCUUCGCCCAAGUUUAGGCGCUACUUGGAAGGCUACAUCCAGCGACACCUUGAGCCCAGUAAUGAUAAGAAAAUACUGCAGCACAUCAUGGAGCGGCAGGACAUAAAAAACAAGAAGCAUUCAAAAUCCAGGAAGAAGAGGAGACAGAACAACGAGGAAGAAGAGGAUAAAGAUCUUCCCAUCAGCACUUACGCAAAGUACUGCUACCGAAAGCUGCAAAAAGUGGCCAUUACUGGGGGCAAGAAGGGUCUGAAGAAGCCCACUCUGGAGGAGAUUGAUCACAGUCGGAACGCCAUCGUGACCCCGUCUCUGUUCGGCAGCGCUCUGGAGGAGAUCAUGGAGAGGCAGAGUGAGCUCUUCCCCGAGAGGAAGCUGCCCUGGGCGCAGGUGCAGCUCUCUCAGUGUGUGCUGGCCCUGGGGGGAGCCCAGACCGAGGGCAUCUUCAGAGUCCCGGGGGAUAUUGAUGAGGUGAAUGCUCUCAAGCUACAGGUGGACCAGUGGAAACUUCCAGACAACCUCUCUGAUCCCAGUGUCCCUGCGUCUCUGUUGAAGCUGUGGUACCGGGAGCUGGAGGAGCCGGUGAUUCCUCAGAGCUUCUACAAGCAGUGCAUCAGUCACUAUGAAGAUCCCGACGCAGCCAUCAGUGUGGUGCAGUCGCUCCCGGAGCUCAACAGACUCGUGCUCUGCUACUUCAUCAACUUCUUACAGGUCUUUGCUCAGCCGGUGAACGUGAGUAGGACUAAGAUGGAUGUGAAUAAUCUGGCGAUGGUCAUGGCUCCAAACUGCCUGCGCUGUCAGUCUGACGAUCCUCGAGUCAUCUUUGAAAACACGCGGAAAGAGAUGUCCUUCCUCCGCAUACUCAUCGUCCACUUGGACACCAGCUUCAUCAAGGGCUUAAUCUGAGAGUUCUUCGUUAUUUUGCGCCAUCUGAGUUUUCCAUCUGAGAAUCCUCUGUAAGCAUCAUAAUAUUAGUUCGGACAAUGUCUAAACUGAUCCAGCUUUGGCUCAAUGUGAAUCAUCCUGACUCUUAUGACUCUUCUUGAAGCCUGACAUUAUUUGAACUGCAUCAAUUGACUCCACAACAAAACAAAUGCACGAGGUUUGUCUUUUGGGGUUUGAUGUUUCUUCUGUCUUUUGUAUUGAUUAGCAGGGAAAUACAUCCAUUGGACAAUCAUAAUAACACACAUGCAAUAUGACCUGCAGCGUAUAUCCUUAAUUUAAUAUGGUAUGAGUGUUCUGAUUAUUUGAUAGGAUGUUUGUAAGCUCAAGUAUGAGUGUGGGGAGAAUUACUGGCUUCAGUUUAUGUUUGCACGGCUGAGUAUAAGCAAGAAAAGCUGAAUUAAUGUUGCAGAGCUGGGGACCACAAAGACAGCUCUGAAAUACUUCACAUGGUGGUCAGAGCUUGAGGUCUGGUGCCUUACGUGAGAACGAUCGCUGAUGUAUAAGAUGAAUAAGUGCCCAUGAACAUAAACACACCCUCCAUGUUUCUGA